UGGCAUAAGCUCAUAGUCAUCGGUAAAGUCGAACAUGCACUUAGUUGCACCAAUGUGAAGUAAAAGGGACAUCCCAAUUCCCAGCUCUUCUCUUGUAUUUAUUCGGAUUCGGAAACAGUAACGUUUUUUCAUCAAUGGCUCACUUUUUGAACCAAGCUAAUGCUUUGUUCCGCAAAAACCUCAUAUACCAUAGAAGGCAUGUGAAGUCACACUUGAAGGUGAUUUUGUUCCCAGCACUUCUCUUUAUAUUGUUAGGCGUUUUACAAAGCUACGGCAACAAAGCUAAAAGAGAGAAACAAGGCCCCUCCAUUCCCGAUGAAUUUCCUCCUUUAUUGCAAAUCCCUUCUCCCCAAUUUCGUGCCGUGAAGACCGAUUCAUUGCCUUUUUCUGGCUUGCCUGAUGCGUCUUGCAGAGAAACUGGUUCAUGUCCUGCAACAGUACUUAUCACAGGGAACAACAGAACCCUAGGAGAAAGUGUGGCUGGGAAUCUGUUCAAUGAUUCUCCUGAACCAAAUUCAACUUCUGAUUUUGAAACUAUUGCCAAUGGCGUUUUCGGAACAAACACCAGCUAUUAUUCGUCAUAUGUCCCGAACUUACUGUUUCAUGUUCGACCUCAAUGUUCUGCUGCAAUACCUUCGCUCUCCAAAAACUCCACAACAGAAGGACUGCAACUUGAGGUCAUAUGCGUGGAAGGUUUAAAUUUGUGGCGCAAUACCUCUGCGGAGAUUAAUGAUGAGCUAUUCAAAGGAUUCAGAGAAGGAAAUACAGAGGGGAAACUAAACGAAGUUUUGGCAGCUUAUGAUUUCUUGGAUACAAGUGGAGAGAACUUCAACGUCAACAUUCAAUACAAUUCUACUUAUGAGGAAUUUCAUCUAGGUGAUGAACCUCAAUUGUUGAAAAUACCCCGUGCUGAGAAUAUGGUAACGAAUGCCUAUCUCCAAUUUUUACGUGGUCCCUCUACGAAGAUGGUUCUAGAUUUUGUAGCUGAGAUGCCAAUUCCUGGUGGCUUCCGAAGGCCAGAUGACAUAUCUACGUUUCUCAAUAUUGUUUUUUUUACAUGGGUCAUUCUACAAAUAUUUCCGGUUAUAUUAUCAUCUCUGGUUUACGAGAAGCAACAGAAGUUACGGAUCAUGAUGAAGAUGCAUGGCCUUGGAGAUGUUCCUUAUUGGAUGAUUACUUACGCGUAUUUUCUUGUCAUAUCUUUGAUCUACAUGUGCUGUUAUUUUGGAUUUGGUGUAUUGACAGGGUUAACGAUUUUCAAGCUGAAUUCAUAUGGUGUCCAGUGCAUCUUUUACUUUGUCUUCACAAACCUGCAAAUCUCCAUGGCCUUUCUAUUAGCUGCAGUAUUCUCAAAUCUGAAGACUGCCUCAGUUGUUGCCUAUACAAUUGUCUUUGGGACGGGGAUCUUGGCUUUUCUCCUUUUCCAGCCCCUAGUUGAUGAUGUAUCAUUUCCUCGUGGUUGGAUAAUUUUCAUGGAAUUAUACCCUGGAUUUUCUCUUUAUCGAGGGUUAUAUGAGUUGUCCCAGUAUGCCCGAGGGGGAUUCAGGCUAGGGACUUAUGGGAUGUCCUGGGAGUAUCUUAGUAACAGCAAUAAUGGCAUGAGAGAGGUUCUGAUUAUCAUGUCAAUGGAGUGGGUGGUAUUUCUGAUUGUUUCCUAUUACCUUGACCAAGUUAUAUCAUCUGGAAGUGGAAACCGUAGGAGUCUUUUGUUCUUCUUGCCAAAUUCUCAAAAGAAGCAUUCACCAUCAUUGGAGAAACCUUCUUUUCAGAGCGCGGAAUCUAGAGUUCAAAUUGAAGACAAUGACGUUUCUGAAGAGAGAGAGAAGGUUGAACAGUUGCUAGAAAAGCCACAUUCGAAUUAUUCUGCCAUUUGCUACAACCUCAAAAAGAUAUAUCCAGGAAAGGAUGGGAACCCUGAUAAAAUUGCAGUUAAAGGAUUAACUCUCGCAUUACCGCGUGGGGAAUGCUUUGGCAUGCUUGGUCCAAAUGGUGCAGGCAAAACUACUUUUAUUGGCAUGAUGACUGGGCUCUUGGAGCCAAGCUCUGGUAGUGCCUAUGUUGAGGGUUUAGAUUUGCGGACUCAAAUGAACGAAAUAUAUGGUAGCAUGGGUGUGUGUCCACAACAUGACUUGCUCUGGGAUACCCUAACAGGAAGGGAACACUUACUCUUUUAUGGAAGACUGAAAAAUCUCAAGGGUGCUGCUUUAAGCCAAGCAGUGGAGGAAUCUCUUAAAAGCUUUAAUCUUUCCCAAGGAGGAGUUGCUGACAGAUUAGCAAAAAAAUAUAGUGGUGGUAUGAGGAGAAGACUCAGUGUAGCCAUUUCAUUGAUUGGGGACCCUAAAAUUGUCUAUAUGGAUGAGCCCAGCACCGGACUUGAUCCUGCUUCACGUAAAAUGUUGUGGGAUGUCGUGAAGCAUGCAAAGCAAGAUAGAGCAAUCAUUCUCACCACACACUCGAUGGAUGAGGCAGAAUAUCUUUGUGAUAGGAUAGGUAUCUUUGUGGAUGGAAACUUCCAGUGCUUGGGAACUACAGAUGAGUUAAAGGCUAGGUAUGGGGGAUCCUACAUGUUCAGCAUGACUACAUCACCCGAAAAUGGAAGUGAAGUGGAAGACUUAGUGAAACAUCUAUCUCCAAAUGCGAAGAAGACAUAUCAUUUGUAUGGAACUCAGAAAUUUGAGCUGCCAAAGGAUGAGGUGAAAAUUUCAGAUGUGUUCCUAACAGUUAGACAAGCAAAGGAGAGAUUUCCAGUCCAGUCUUGGGGUUUGGCUGACACAACACUGGAGGAUGUCUUCAUCAAGGUGGCAACUGAGGCAUAGUGAUUUACAGUUCUACUAAUAAUCUUAAAGCAUAAUGUUAUAUAGGUCAAUUACAACUCCUAGGGGUCUAGCUGAUUUGGCAUUUGGAGGAUCUGGUAGUUGAAUAUGAGGUGGUAUUGGCAUGUGUUGCGAG